AUGAGGAGUGGUGGUGGAUGGUCCCCCUGUCUCCGAGCCCUGGGUGGACAAACAGCCUUCUGGAAAGAGAAGAAGAGGAUGGCCAGUGGAAAUGGGCUGGCUUCAUCCUCGGCCCUGGUGGCCAAGCGCCCCUCCGCCCUGGGCCCAUUCCCCAGAUACAUCUGGAUCCACCAGGACACACCCCAAGACAGUCUAGACAAGGCUUGCCAUGAAAUCUGGAAGAGAGUUCAGGGCCUGCCUGAGGCCUUGCAGCCCAGAACCUCAAAGGAGCAGCUCUCUGCCCCCAUGGCAGGGACUCCAAGAGACAAGAGGCUCAGCUUCCAAGAAGAGGCUCUGGAGCUCACCAGCAGCAAAGAUGAGAUCUCCUUGUUGGUGGAGCAGGAGUUCUUGAGCCUCACCAAAGAGCACCUCAUCCUGGUCACAGAGGGCUCAGGGGAGCUAGAGGAACUUGGCAGCUCUCCCGAGGGGCCCAGACUGCCGGCUCCCCGCCUUCUCGUGCCGUCUCUGAUGGCGGGCAGCAGUGAGCGCUCAGGAGCCUCUGUGAUGGCCGGCGACAAGCUUCUGGAACCGAAGGUGGCCGUAUCCGUUAUUGGCAGCCGGCAGAACUGUGACUCUGCCAUGCCUAAGGUCACGAGCAUCCUGCGGGCUGCCAAGGUCAAGAGUGCCAAGGGGGCAGAGGACAGGGGCUGCAGCCUGGGAGCCUCCAACAUGGAGAUCGGCCAGCUCCUGGCCCAGUUCCCGCUGAAGUCCACCGAAAUGCCUAAGGUCCCCGACGAGAUGGUGUUGGAAGAGACUAGGGUCAUCAAGGACUUCCUGCAGAACAGCAUGUUCAGUGGCCCCGGACCCAGGGAGCCCGGGGGGCUGGGCCCGCUCCUGCUGCUGCCUCCCCCGCCUCCUCCCGCGCCUUCCGCCAAACUCGACAAGCUCCUAGAACUCCCUGCUCUGAAGAAGCAGCUCCCAGUGUUUGCCAAGAUCUGCUCCAAGCCCGAGGCUGACCCUGCUGUGGAGGAGCACCGCCUGAUGGAAUGGAAUCCUGGCACCAAGGAGCUGACCAAGGCUCGGGAGAGCCUCUUGCUUAGUCAGUGGACCCAGAGCCAGAAGGACCCCUUUGGUGAGGAGGGUUGCAGUGACCCCGUGGGCUCCAUGUCUGUGGCCCUGCCGACCAAGAAGCCCGCAUUGCCGGCUGAGAAGAACCUGCUGUAUGAGUUCCUUGGGGACACCAAGAACCCGAGCGGGCAGCUGAGGCUUCGCAGCAAAGUGGAGGUGGACGGGCUGGAGCUGAAACUUAACCCGCCAGCGACGGGGGCCGACAAGAACAACCUCAAGUACACAGGGAACGUGUUCACCCCACGCUUUGCCACCGGCUUGACCUCAGCCACCCUGAACCAGCCGCUCUGGCUCAACUUGAACUACCCACCUCCGCCCGUGCUCACGAAUCCCGCCACCUUCCCACAGUGUCAGGGCCUGUACCCACAGCGGGCAGCCCGGAUGCCUUAUCAGCAGACCCUGCACCCCCAGCUGGGAGGUUACUCCCGACAGGUGACACCAUACAGUCCACAGCAGAUGGGACAGCAGGUUUUCCACUCUUCCUACACGCCCCUGCUGGGCUACAUCCCCUUCGUCCAGCCCAACUAUCCGUACUCUCAGAGGACGCCACAAAAGCUGUCCGGCAAUCCCCGAGACCCUUCCCCCAUGGCAGGAGAUGGGCCGCAGUGCCUCUUCCCCCAGGCGUUCAGGUUCGGCUCGACGUCUGGUGGCCCCCUGAUGAACAGCCCCUAUUUCUCCUCCAGUGGGAACGGCAUAAAUUUUUAG